AUGGUUCGUAAAUACAUCCGUAAUAUGUUGUCCACAUAUUCCAAGGAAGCACUGAAUGAGGCUGCAGCUGCCGUGUGGGACAACCGAAUGUCACUAGCAGAAUCGGCUCGUUUCUUCAACAUACCCAAACCUACUUUGUUCCGGUACAUCAAAGGGCUGAGCGGAAUUAAAAGCAGCUCCAGAGGCAGAUCUACUGCCAUUCCUUUCGAAGUGGAAGCAAGGGUGGUAUCUUGUAUCAUGACUAUGGAGAAAAAAACUACCAAGACGCCGUUCGAGGACGACAUUCCAGGUGACGAUUACUUCCUGAAUUUCAAACGACGGCACGGACUAUCCCACAAAAAGCCACAGUCUGUCGCAGUUGCCAGGAAACGAGCUGCUGAUCCGUUCGUGAUCUCCGAAUAUUUUCAGUUACUCAAAGAGGUUACCCGUUACGUUCCUCCAGAGAGAAUCUACAAUAUCGACGAAACAAGCUUUUGUUUGGAUCCAAGUCGCAUCAAAGUGGUCGAUGCCAAGGGAAGGGCUGCUCACAGGCUGACUGCAGGCCCCGGAAGGGAAAACUACACUGUUCUCAUGGGAGGAAAUGCGUUUGGAGAGAAACUUGAUCCACUUAUCAUCUUCCAAGGCAAAAAUCUGUGGGACAGCUGGAUGGCUAAGGAAAAAGAUGAAUUCUCUGGCAUGACGUAUGCUGCUACUGAAAACGGUUGGAUAGAGAGCAGUAUUUUUUCCAAUUAUUUCCGAAGAAGUUUUCUAACUGGAAUUGGAAAAGAUCGUCCAGUGGUAUUGAUUUAUGAUGGUCAUUCCUCACAUGUUUCGCUGGACAUCAUCGAGUUGGCUUUGAAAGAAAACGUUGUCUUUUCUUCUUCCCCCGCACACCAGCCACCUUCUACAGCCAAUGGAUCUCUGUGUUUUCAAGCCAGCCACUGA